AUGCACCUGCCCGGCUGCGCCCCCGCCAUGGCCGACGGCAGCUUCUCGCUCGCCGGCCACUUGCUCCGCAGCCCGGGCGGGAGCACCUCGCGGCUGCACAGCAUCGAAGCCAUCCUGGGAUUUACCAAGGAUGACGGGAUCCUAGGCUCCUUCCCGGAAGAGCAGGGCGACCGGGGCUCGAAGGAGAGGGAUAGGAGGCCUGGCUCGAGGACUGCCUGUCCCAAGGCGCCUGCAGGAAGCGCGGAGCCCUCUCCGCCCCCCGCCCCGGCGCGGGCUCCCGAGUACGAAGACCCUCGCUCCUACUGCCCCAAGGAGACCGGGGAGGCACAGAGGAGCCCUGGACUACCUGUGGGACCCGCCGCCCCCAGCGACUCAAAGCUGUCAGAGGAGGAGCAGCCCAAGAAGAAGCACCGACGGAACCGCACGACCUUCACUACCUACCAGCUGCACGAGCUGGAGCGCGCGUUCGAGAAGUCCCACUACCCCGACGUGUACAGUCGAGAGGAGCUGGCAGGCAAGGUCAACUUACCCGAGGUCCGGGUCCAGGUGUGGUUCCAGAACCGACGGGCCAAGUGGCGGCGGCAGGAGAAGCUGGAAGUGUCGUCCAUGAAGCUUCAGGACUCGCCCCUUCUCUCCUUCAGCCUCCCCCCAGCCGCAGCCCUGGCGCCCCUGGGGGCCAGCCCGGCAGGAAGCGGGGGGCCGGCGGGGGGCGCCCUGCCGCUCGAAUCGUGGCUUGGGCCGCCGUUGCCCGGGGGCGCCACUGCGCUGCAGAGCCUGCCGGGCUUCGGGCCGCCGGCGCAGAGCCUGCCAGCCAGCUACACACCACCGCCGCCACCUCCCUUCCUGAACUCCCCGCCCCUCGGCCCCGGCCUGCAGCCCCUCGGGCCGCCGCCGCCGCCUCCUGCCUACCCGUGCGGGCCCGGCUUCGGGGACAAGUUCCCGCUGGACGAGGCGGACCCGCGCAAUAGCAGCAUCGCGGCGCUGCGCCUGAAGGCCAAGGAGCACAUCCAGGCCAUCGGGAAGCCGUGGCAGGCCCUCUAGGGGCACCGGGGACGGAAUCAGGCCAGAUGCCCAUCCUGGGACCCGACCCCGAGCCGCAGGCGUGCACCUCUUCUCCCUGGGUCCCUCCCACUCGACCACUCUUGCCCUGUGCCGCCUGAAGACCUGGACGCGCGUCUGCACCUGGCUCACCGCGGAGGGCUGACCCUCAGGCCAGCAGAGACCCUCUGGCCACCACUAAACCCUCACGGCUCCCUGACUUUGCCGCCGGAGGGGGCCGGGAGACCAAGCUCCUCCCACCCCGGAGGGCUCCGGAGCCUGCAGGUUCAAGGCCCCCAAAGCGCCUGACCUCCCGCCGCACCCGGACGGCGUAGCAACUCAUAGAAAGACGACCGGGAGGAAGGAGAGGAGGAGAAAUAAUUUGAGGGACUGUUUGUAUAAGUAGUUUCAAAGAACUGGGGAGGAAAA